GCGGGUCGGCAGAGAAAGCCUUUCUUCUUCACUUCUUGACGUCUCCAGACACAGGGGGCGCUGUGGAUGUGGCGGUGGCGUCGAUUCGUAAGAUCGCCAGCUUCAAGUUGGAGCGUCAGCUGGACUACAAGGCGAAGGCCUCAGAUGUGGAGGACUACGCUCAGCUGAUCUUGGGAGAGUUGGAGGCGGCACUGUUGGCCCAGCCCAUUGCGCAGCAGCCGAAGCUCAAUCGCAUGGAGGAGACCAACCUCAAUGACGCAGGGGACAAAGGAAAGGGGAAGGGCAAAGGAAAAAGCAAGCAGCCAUGUUGGUCGUGGAAUGAUGGCUCGGGCUGCAAGUACGCACAGAACUGCAUGUUUCGUCAUGAUCCCCUCGGGCCAGGUCAUUGUUGGACGUGCGGCAGCAGUAGCCAUCUCAAGCCUCAGUGCCCGACAACGGGCAAGGGGGGGGAGCUUCGUCGGCGGCUACAGCUGGAGAUUCGAAAA